AUGGAUGUCAGUUGUUUCAUCCUAAACAACUGUAAUCCUAUCGUCGUUGGCCAAAAGAUAUCCAAAUUGCGGGCAUGUGGCAAUUUUGAUGUCAUAUUAUGGCGUGAGACCCGUUCCCCAAAUCGCGUCGGGUCGAAAUACGUCUCUUCUUGCUUAUCGACGUGGUGCACAAAUCCUGACCAAAUCAAGGCAAAAUUGAAGCUGAAUCUUGAUACAGAUUGA